AUGGAGUCUAAAAGCGGAGUCAGUGAGGCUGAAAACGGUCCAUACGGAAAUAUUUACAUAAUUUGUUUGUCAAUAUUAGCUACAAUAGUCAUUAUGGUAAUAUCUGCUAUGUACACUAUUCGAAAUAUUAAGAGAAUAUGGUUUUUGGGUAACAGGAAGACCAGAAAAAGAAACAACCCUACUGCAACAGCGAAUACAGAAAAUAAAGACAUUAAAAAAGAUUCCAGUAAUAAUCAUGGAACACAAGGAAAGGUUAACGUGCAAGAUAACCAAACAACUAAUACAAAUGGUAAUGACUCAAAGAAUUGCAAGGAAACAUGCUGUGAAGAAACCCAAAAUCCUCAAACCAAUUCAGAAAUAGACCCAAUGCAAUUUUGUCAACACAUUCCAAGUGAAGUGAAGAAAGCGAAACAGCGCCUCACUUUGAAAAAUAUACAACUUUCUGAGAAAGAGUUAGAAGAAGAGAGAGCGAUUCAACGACACCAGUUGGAGGAAAUGUUUAAUCUCAUGAAAGCUCAAGGAGAUAAAUUUGGAUUGGCAGACAUCAAUGAGAUGAAGCAACAAAUGAAUCUCUAUUCUAUAAACUAAACAGUUGUUAGCAGAUGUGUAUCUCAGAGACUAUAAGUUAUAUAUUAUUUAUCUUAACUGUUGUAUUGUUGUUUACUAAAUUAUUAACUUAUGAAUAAAUGUUUGGGGGAA